GCGGCCGGCGCACGAUAAUGUGCAGGCGCUAGAUCUUCUUCAUUGGCGUCUAGCUUCCGCCGCGAGAAGGUUGUCUACAAGACUACAACCUUGGUGCUAUUAAGUAUUAAGUAUUGCAUAUUGCAAGUGCUAAAAGUGUGAAAAAGUGUAUCCCGUCGGAUCGGUACAAUACCUAAAACUGCGCUCUGGCGAAAAAAUUUUCGACAGAAUCGAACCCAUAGAAGAUACGAAAGGAAACUGUGGGGUCAAAGGUCGAAUGGUGGUAACCAACCUGAGGGUGAUAUGGCAUUCUUUGUCAUCACCUAGGAUUAAUCUAUCAAUAGGUUUCAACUGCUUUAUAACAACCAGUUCUAAAACUGUAACCUCUGGUCUCCGAGGCAGUACACAGGCGCUGCAUGUUCAAGCGGGGUUCAAGAGGAACAGAUAUGAGUUUGUUUUCACCAAUUUGUCGCCGAACUGCGUCCGCCAUUACACCACUGUGAUUGCUGUUCAUAAAGCUUAUGCGGGAUCAAGGUUGUACCGGGAUUUAAAACUACGAAGCGCUAUAAUUCAUAACAAACAACUACGCAUUCUACCUCUAGAAAAGAUAUGCCUGAGUGAGUCUGGUAUUUGGAAUUUAUCAAGUGAAUCGGGCAAUUUGGGUACAAUGGUGGUAAGCAAUGUUCGGAUAGUGUGGUACGCGGAUAUCAAUGAAGCUUUUAAUGUUUCUAUGCCGUACAUAACGAUUGACAGUAUUUCAAUCCGUGACUCCAAAUUCGGCGAUGCCUUAGUUAUCCAUGUGCGUCCUACAUCUGGUGGUUAUGUACUCGGCUUCAGAGCUGAUCCUAAGGAGCGUCUGCCUGCUCUUCUAUCUGAACUGCAGGCUUUACAUCAAGCGUAUACUGAAAAGCCGGUCUUUGGUGUCGAAAUGAAUUGGCACCAUGAGGAGCCACGACCCUUGAAUGAAGAUAUUGAAGAACUGGAAGAAAUAGGAGAGCCGCGUGGAGAAAUGGGACCAACACUCUAUCUAGCUUCACAUUUAGCUCAAAACAAUGAAGAUUCCAGUGUUCAACCAGUGUAUAGUCCUUACUUGGGGCUUGCUAUCGAACCAUUGAAAGAAGGAAUUACUUUGAAAAGCUUAUUUGAAGUUCAAACUACAACAUGAGUACUAAAAUUAAUAUAUUUUUGAGAAUAAACUGUAGACUAAAUAAAUUUAUUUUGUUCGU